GCGGCGUGGUCGCGUUGUGUUCAAUGGACGAAGUGUAGGACCUCUCAGGGCCGGAGGAGCGAUAUAUUUAUUUUGGGCGAACAGGGUUAGAAAACUCUCAGAAGCAGUUUACUGGUCGAUUAAAUCUCUUUGGCGAAGGAAACCAGACCGGACAAAAUGAAGUACAUUAUAGGAAUCGGCGGGGUGACCAAUGGUGGGAAAACCACACUGACCAACAGGUUGAUUAAAGCCUUGCCUAACUGUUGUGUGGUACACCAAGAUGACUUUUUCAAGCCACCGGAUCAGAUACAAGUGGGAGAAGAUGGCUUUAAACAGUGGGAUGUGAUAAAUGCGCUGGAUAUGGAGGCCAUGGUGAACACCAUCAAAGGCUGGGUGGAGAACCCAGUCAAGUUCGCGAGAUCUCACGGCAUACAGGUGGCUCCAACCACGGAAAUGGGCCCUCCAGAGAACCAGAUCCACAUUCUAAUCGUGGAGGGAUUUCUUCUGUAUAACUACAAGCCUCUGAUGGACGUGUAUGACAAAUGUUAUUACAUCACCAUCCCUUACGAGGAGUGCAAAAGGAGGAGAAGUACGAGACAGUACACCGUCCCUGACCCUCCUGGUCUGUUUGACGGUCAUGUGUGGCCCAUGUACUUGAAGCACAGAGCAGAGAUGGAGACGAGCUGUUUGCCCAUCGAAUACCUGAGUGGCUUGAAAACGAAAGAGGAGAUCUACAAUCAGGUGUAUGAAGACAUCCACAAUACACUUUUGAAUCGUUUAUAGCAGGAGCAUCCUGAGCAGCAGCUCCGUGUACAGACCUGUAAAUAUCUUCCAUCAAGAUUUUUUUUUAAAACAUUUUACACCAAAUGUAAUUGUAUUUGUAAAUAGGAUGUUGGAAUGUUAACUUAUCAUGUCUUUUGGAGGAACAUCUUCAUUUUUAGUUUUUGUGUUCUUUUGGGUUGUGUGGGUUUUUUUGUUUUUGUUUUUUUUUUUUUCUUCAAACUUCCAUUUGAACAUGUUAUUCAAGGCAGUGCCUAGUUACUCUUAUUCUUAUUCCAUGCAGGCAGUCACCUCAUUACCAAUCUGAAAAUGCUUGCUAAUAAAUUCAUUUCUUACUGUUGAGUCAGUCA